CAGUUGUGGUGGCGCUUCAGCGCUUCUUCUCUUGUAAUGGGACUACUUUUUGUGAAUUUGGAGGUCAAGCUUCAUCUCCUCAUUCAGCGACAACCUCUGCAAGACAAGGUGUAGAAGGGACCUGUGCUCAGAGGUCCAGGUUUGGGAAGGUGGACCCGUGUCAGAGUAUAGGAGGCAGGGCCUCUGGAAAAGGAAGUUUGCUGAGUGGCUGAACUGGCCCUGAGCAUGACACGUCCCAGGGGGAUCCUGCAGGUCCUCUCUGUGCUGCUGCUGGGAUGGGCUCUGGUGCACUGCCAACCGGAGACAGAGGAAGAGGAGGGAGAUGGAGCGGAAGGGAUGGAGGAGAAGGCACCCCCUGUUGUGGUGAAACCAGAUGUAAUCAACUGUCCCCAGGACUGCAGUUGUAAAGCUGAGGGUAUGGUGGACUGUGCUGGGGUGGAUCUCACUGAGUUCCCAAGCGGUCUGUCUGAAGAAACCCGACAGCUGUCUUUACAGAAUAACCAAAUCAAAGAGGUGACUGUGGAGCAGCUUUCAGCACUCUACCAGCUGGAGACCCUCAACUUGCAGAACAACCGUCUAACUUCAGAUGGCCUUGAGGAUGAGGGCUUUGAAAUGCUGGAUCGUCUACGUUAUUUGUACUUGGCAAACAAUAAGCUCACUGCAGCACCUAAACUCUUGCCCUCCUCUUUGGUUAGUGCGGACUUUGCGGCUAAUCAGCUGACCAAGAUCUACCCCAAUACCUUUGGCCAGAAACCAAGACUGAAGUCAGUGUAUCUUCAUAACAACAAACUAACAGACGCUGGGCUACCUGAACACAUGUUCAGUGGUUCAGACUCCCUGGAAAUCCUCAUCAUGUCCAGCAACUUUCUUCGAUAUGUCCCCAAGAACUUACCCUCUGCGCUCUACCGGCUCCAUCUGAAGAAUAACAAACUAGAGAAGAUCCCCCGCGGGGCUUUUGACAACCUAUCCAACCUGUGGGAACUGUACCUGCAGAACAACCUUCUUAGCCAUGAUGGCAUGGACAAUGAAACCUUCAGCCAACUGAGCAAACUGGAAUACCUGGACUUGUCCAACAACAACCUCAGUAUGGUGCCCAAGGGCCUCCCCCGUAGCCUGGUAGUGCUCCACCUUGAGAAGAACUCCAUCAACAGCAUCCCCAAGGAUGUCCUGACGCCCAUCCGCAAUCUGCAAUACCUGCUGCUGCACAACAACAAACUGCGGGCCCGCUCCAUCCACCCCGAAGCCUUCAUGGGCCUGAAGAAGCUGCACACCCUGCACAUGUACAACAACCAGCUGGAGCGAGUGCCACGGGGGCUGCCUCGUCGCGCCAAGACCCUCAUGCUGCUGCAUAACCUCAUCUCUGAGAUCAACCGUAACGACCUGGCCACGCUCUACACCCUGACUGAGCUCAACCUCAGCUACAACAAGAUCACCAGCCCCCGACUGCACAAAGAGGCCUUCCGUAAACUCCGGCUGCUGGAGUCCCUCGACCUAUCGGGGAACAGCCUGCACACUCUCCCCUAUGGCCUGCCCAAAAGCCUGCAAAUACUUAAGGUCAAGGACAACCAGCUGAACUCUAUUCCUGAUGGAGCACUGAGUGGCAUGAGCAAGCUGCGUGAGAUCAACCUCAGUAACAACCAGCUAAAACUCAGUUCCAUCUACCAGGGGGCCUGGCAGGAGCUUAGUGCCCUAACAGUGUUGGACCUGUCAGGGAACCAGCUGACCCAUGUGCCUGUUGACCUGCCUGAGUCCCUGGAGUACAUUUACCUGCAAAGUAACCGCAUCAGCAGUGUCCCAGCUACUGCUUUUGAGAGUACACCCAAUAUCAAGGGCAUCUUUCUCAGAUUCAACCGACUGUCAGCAAGUGCAGUUAAAGAAAAAGCCUUCUCUUUCCUGAAGAACCUGCAAGUGCUGGAUAUUGGUCCUACCACCAUCAGCCCUGUCCAUGUAGAUGAAAUGGAGGAGGAGGAUGGGGAGGAGGAGGAAGAGGAGGAAUUUGAAGAAGAAGAUGUCCAGUAA